CCCCUUCCAGGCUUCUACGCCUUCUCCCAUCACGAAUAGAAUUUGCUUCUUCUACGCCUUUUCCCAUCGCGAAUAGGAUUGCAGAAAUCAAUCAAUAAAUAUUCACUGAAUCGGAAAUCCGCGGCGUUUACUGCAAUCUGCGAUUCCAGAGAUAGAAUUAUCGACGUUUAAGCUAUGGAUGCUUACGCCACCGCGGGUGUUUUCCGGCGAGUCCCUUACGCCGUCAGCUCGGGAAUCGGUUCCCGAUCGUCUCAUCACGCGAAGAUUCCCUUCUCUGUGGGGCGCAAGUGGCUGGUUUCUGGGUUUACAGACGAGGGCCACUUGGGGUACUAUUCCACCUCCCGCCGGAGAAUCAGGUGCGAGGUCGAAUCGGAGACUAUGCGGCGCGAUGAUAAGGUCAAGGACAAAAAGAGGAAGAAAAUGCUCAAGAAGAGGUCGAAAUUGCUCAAGAAUUUGUCAAAGGACCUGUCUACGUUGACCCAGAUUGGUUUCGGGAUGGAUUGCUCUAACCCGUGUGAUCUGAUUGAUCAAGAUCAAGAAAAGAAGAUUUCGGAGGCUGCAGAAACAUUGCUGGCUCAACUCCAAAAACUAAGGGCAAAUGAGUGCGAAGAUUCGUCAAGCUCUUCAUCCGAAUCGAGCGAUAGCGAGUGCGAGGGUGUUGCGAAUAUGAACAAAAUGAAGCCCAAGCCCAAGCCCAAGCCCAAGCCCGUCGCAGAAAAGGCUCCAUUGAUGCUUUCUACCAUAUUGACAACACAGGUAGAUGCGAUCGAUGUUGAGCCAGUGAUCGUUGUUCCAGAGUCGCAGCCGGCUAUUCCAGAUUCCAUCAUCUCUCUGGGGCAAUCCGCAGGAGUUGGGGGAAUUACGAAGGAGGAUGAAACUACGACGAAGAAAAUUGAGGUGUGUAUGGGUGGGAAGUGCAAGAAAUUAGGCGCUGAAGCUAUACUGGAGGAACUUGAGAGGGUGGUUGAAAUGGAAGGCGGCGGGGUUAGCGUUUGUGGGUGCAAGUGUCUGGGGAAGUGCAAAGUGGGUCCAAACCUCAGGCUGUCGAGCAGCAGCGCCGCCGAGGGCUUGUCUGAAAGCGGUGUCAAAUUGCCGCCCACUAGGUCUCUGCGUCUCGGCGUUGGUGUUGAGGAUGCGAGUUUAAUCUUGCGCCAGGAAUUAGGCCUCGCUGCAUCUUCAUCACUAGUAGAUUAAGAAAUAUUAGAUUAGAUUUUCUAUCUCUUAUAAGUUAUAACUAUAUAUAUAUAUGACAAAUAUUGUGCUCCUGAAUCUAGCUUAGUGGUUUGAAGGUUGAGUAUGAGUUUAAUUAUCUAGUAAAUACUCAGGUUUGAAUCUCUGCUUCCCUUGGAAUUGGAAUUCCAAUGCAAUUCCACAGCUCAUGGAAAAGGAAAAAAAGUGUAUAUUUGACAAAUUUGUCUUCCACCAUCGUUGUUAUUAUUAUUAUUAUUAUUAUUAUUGAGUACUAA